AUGACUGCCCCCCUAGAUCCGCCUGAUAUGAUCAUCAGGAUACAGAGGCAAACAGCAAACGUCAAGGUGCAUCUCGAGGAAGCCAUGGGCACUUUCCACCAGGAAGGCCUCUCCCAGCUCGCCGAUGAAACCGUCAAUUACAACCCCUCCGAUAUCGCCUCCUGGCUCGAAUCCAUGUUCUCCGGCUUCAAUCCAAUCCCCGAAUUCGAUUCCUCCUCGGAUCCCUUUCUAGAAUCUUCCGCUUCUGUCAACAGCCAGAUACCGAUUGACCUCGAUUUCGGCUCCGAUGUAGUCGCCAUCCCCGGCAAAGCAGUCUACCCUAGACCACAGCCGCCGCCGCCGCCGGAAAAGCACCAGCCGCAGCCGUGCGCCGAAGCCGUACAGCAGGAGAACUUCAAAUUUGCGGAAGCUCUAGUGAAGAACAUCGGAUUUCGGGCGGUUUCGCAUGCCGGCGCGAUGAGGAAAGUCGCCACCUACUUCGCUGAAGCCCUAGCGCGGCGAAUCUACAAAUUAUACCCAACCAAUCAGCAGGAUUCGGCGUUCAACGAUAUGCUGCAAAUGCACUUCUACGAGACCUGCCCUUACCUCAAAUUCGCCCACUUCACCGCCAAUCAAGCGAUUCUCGAGGCCUUCGCGGGGAAAUCCCGAGUCCACGUCAUCGAUUUCACUAUGAAACAGGGGAUGCAAUGGCCCGCGCUGCUACAAGCGCUUGCACUUCGGCCCAGCGGCCCGCCUAGCUUCCGAUUAACCGGUAUCGGCCCGCCCUCACACGACGAAACCGAUCAUUUACAGGAAGUCGGGUGGAGAUUAGCUCAAUUGGCGGAAUCGAUCAAUGUGGAGUUCGAAUACAGAGGCUUCGUCGCGAGCUCCUUAGCCGAUCUCGACGCCGCAAUGUUUGAAAUCCGCGAGGGAGAAAUAGUCGCCGUGAAUUCAAUCUUCGAGCUCCACCAGCUCCUCGCCCGGCCAGGGGCAAUCGAGAAGGUGCUUCAAGUGGUUAGCGAGCUGAAACUGGAGAUCUUAACCGUGGUCGAGCAGGAGGCUAAUCACAGCGGGAGUGCCUUCCUGCACCGGUUCAAUUAGGGAGUAAAAAAUAAUUAGGGAAUUAAU